AUGUUUAUUACCACAAUUUUGAACCAGCAGCCGAUACCAGCUGAAAUAAGGCCACCGAAAUCCUAUCACCAAAGAAUUGCAUAUCUCUCGAAGCGGACAGCAAUCUAUUCCUAUCAGAAACCAGAAUUGAUAAGAAAUAAAUUACAAAUCAAUGAAAACACUGGAAAUUCAUAACUACAGCCAGUAACAAAAGUAUCUGGGCACUCACGAACAAGACAAAUAGAAGGUUCCAACCUUCAUUCACACUCUUAGGUUUUGUAACCAUUAAAACAAAUAAUUGGUGUCAGUACAAAAAAGUAGUAAGACGAGGGAGAAAAUGGACUAUGGAAGAGCAAGAGGAACAGUCCAGAAGAAUGAAAGAGUAUUGGAGAGGAAAAAAGG